AUGUCAUCUUCUUCAAGCAAUACUUCCGAUCGUAAACAAAAUAAUCAAUCAAAAAACAAAGAUUAUUAUAAGAUUGCUUAUGAAGCUUUAAGAAGGGACAUAUCAAAGAAAAAAUGUGUUAAAACACCUAAAAAGCUGAAAAAUUUAACAUCCAUAUUGGAAAACUUCAACAAUACUAGAAAACUAAAAAAUCGAUUUUAUGUUUUUGUUUACACUUUCUAUCUUGGUGAAAUUCUGAAGGUUGAACAAAUUCAAGAAACCAACCUGACUAACCUACCUUUAACACCGAUCACCAAAAUGAAGACACAUAAAUUUCAAGAACUGGUAAACAACAAUGACAACGAUGAUAUUGAAGACGAAUUAUCUCAAGACAACGACAAUGCUGCAGAGGAAUUAUUAGAGAAUAAUGGUACUGAAGACAAAUUAUCUCAAAACAACAAUGAUGCUACAGAAGAAUUAUUAGAGAAAAAUGGUACUGAAGAUGAAUCACUUCAAAAUAGUGACCAUUUUCAAGAUACUAUGCAGCAAAUUACUCAAUAUCAUAAUAAUGACCACUCACAUAUUGCCACUAGCCAUUCACAAGAUAUUACGCAGCAAGUUGAUAUUCAUAACAACAGUCAAUUUUAUUUGUCUCAAGAUUACUCUG